AUGAUCUCUCUGGCGGAGGAGGAAGAGCAGCUGAGUCCAGAGGAAGUGAAGAAUCUGGAGACUAUGUUAGAGGAAUUCCAGAGCUACAGCACAGCCACUAAGAGAGAGCGUGACACGUUCACAGGCCAGAGGGAGAGCCGUGGGGAGUAUUUUGAUUACCUAGACCGUAAUGGCCUCAUGAACAAUGAGAUCAAGCCUAAAGCUAAAGGCAAUGACCUAGCACUGUCCAAGAAGAAGCUAAAGUGGCAGCUCGAACAAGAGAAGAACAAAAUUCAGCCCUUACAAAGAGGAGGCAACUUCAUGGAUGACUUUUCCAACAACCUUGCUGACCCAGAGGAGGAAGAUGAGGAAGAUCAAGAGGACGAAGAACAGCUGAGCCCCGAAGAAGAGGAAACUCGGGCCAAAGCGGAGCAAGAGGAGGUACGCAGACAGGCAGCAGAGGCACAAAGAGCUAAAGUGGAGGAAGAAAAGCUUGCAGACAUUGCAUCUGACAUGCUCCUGAAAUACAUUGUGAAGCAGGACAAGAAAAAGUACCAAGACAACAAUGGUGCAGAAGAUAAGCGCUCUGAUGAGAAGGACACUAGUGACGACGAUGAUGACAUUGACCCACAGACCAUCGAUAAGUUGAUUGAGAUCUCCAGCAAGCUGCAUCUUCCUGCUGAUGAUGUGGUGGACAUCAUUAACGAUGUGGAGAAAAAGAAGAAAAAAGAUGCUCCUGAAAAUCUCCCAUGGCAACGUCCUCUCUUGCCGCCUCCAGCCCCCGUUGCACCUUCUACGCUGUUACGUAAACCUCCUCCCUCAAAGCCUCCUCAACCGAACACAAACUCAUUAAAAACCUGGUUCAAAGACAGGGCCUCGGUCAAGCCCAGCAAGCAAGACAUUUGGACGAGGCAGCAGUGGCCCUUUCGUACCUACCCUUCCUACAGUUUCUAUCAAAAACCCUACCGGGGAUAUUACCCCAUCUACGUCCCGCCUCCAAAACCAAAAUCCCGCUACUAUCCCAAGCCCUCUUUCUCCCUCAACGAUGUCCUGGGAAACUCACUGGAGUAUGACUUUGAUUACGGACGGAAGUCCCGUCCCUGGGCGCAGUCUCGCCAAAGAGUCCAACCAGCCUUCCAGCGAAACUUCUACUUCCCUCACCCUCGGACUUUCAAAGCCGUACCCAUGCCUAAACCCCGGUCGCCUCCGCGUCGUUGGCCGUCCUUUUAUUACCCAGCCCGAGCUCCUGUAGUCACCAGGGAAGAUGAUUACUACAGUCCGCUGAGGCAGCCGCCACAGGACAACGAAGAGGAGCUGGAGAACUUCAUCGAGAGAGUCUUUAUGAAACAUCCCAGGAUGUUUCAGUGAGCAGACUGGGGGGAAAAACAGAGCGAUGAGGAGGAGGAAGAGGAGAGGAAAGCGAAAGGGAACAACUUAAAGACUGUUCAUGGCCAACGUAUCAUGUUCUGGUUUCUUUUGCUGAAAUAAGUUCCGUCGUACUCAUUUGCCUCAGAUUUAAAGUUUACCCUUAAGACAGAACAUAUUCGGGAUCCUCAUGUCUAACUAACCACAUCUUCCACCCUCCUCCCCCUGGAGAGACUGAAAGACCAGCAAAACUACUGGAGCGGUGAGAGGAAAGGGGACUUAAAUAUCUCAAAUACCCAACACUGAUGUUCUGCAGACCCCUAGAAGGCCUUUAUAAAGGAGCAGAUACCUGAUAGCAUUAAACACCAUGUUUUCAUCCAAUACAAAGACAUUCAAGAUGGAAUCUUGAAAGAUUUGCCAUUAUUAUGGAAGCAACUCCAUUAAGUCUUAUUUAAGUAUCUUUUUUUUGUUUUGUAUAUUUUGGACAUUUAAAAUCCCAGUGGUCAGUAUCAUUGAUCAUAAUGUAGAGAGAGAUAGCAAAAAAUA